CGUGUGCUUUUCCUGCUUGCCUGCAAAAAUAAAGACUGAGCAGUUGAGCCUGACCCUUAACAGGCCUUUGGAAUUCCACACAUACACAGGAAAAUUUUUAAUUGUGAGACUAAUGGGUUCACUUUAGAGCGCUGUAUUUUGGGUGCAUAAGUCUGACUACUUCAGAGAGUUCAGCUUGAUAAAUGAGUUGGAAUUUCCCUCAGAAACUCUUGCAGAAAAAUUGCUAACUAUUGGUGGUCAACGGAAGUCUCAACACAAACAUGAGCAAAGCAGAUUCCUGCUGAGAAUUAUCCAAAGACAACCCUAACGGAGAACUCUGAAAACUCAUUUCAGGAUGAAGCUUCAAGAGCAACGUACCCUUAACACAAACAAAUGCUGUUCAUUGACCAAAGGAUGCAAGAGGAUUCUUCUCCCAACUACUGCAGCCCCCACAAUGGGAAUCUGGCUUCUCCAAAGGCAGCUUCCUCUCCUGCUACUGCUGCUCUCUGGCCUGCAGAGACCCACAGCAAGUUCUAAGGUUGCAUCUAAAACAUACAUUGACUUGUCACCAGAUUCCUUUGAUGAUCAGUACCAGGGUUGUGACCAACAGAUCAUGGAGGAAUUAAAUCAAGGGGAUUAUUUCUCAAAAGAACUAGAAAUCUACAGGAAUUACUCCAAGGUAUGGCAGAAUGCCCACGUAAGCUGGCUGAACCAAGCAAAACCUCUCCCUGAGAACAUGACUGUUACACAUGCUGUUGCCCUCAUGAUUUAUACACUGAACAACAAUGUUCGCUCUGACUUCACCAGAGCCAUGAGCAGUGUGGGUAGCUCCCCAGAGAAGUAUGAACAGUCUUUCCAUUUCAAAUAUCUACACUACUAUCUGACCUCAGCAAUCCAGCUCCUGAGGAAAGAGAUUGUCACGAAGAAUGACCCUCUGUGUUAUAAGGUAUAUUAUGAGGCAAAGGAUGUCUACUUGGAAGCCUCCAUAGGUGCCUUGCUUCGAUUUGGCCAAUUCCUCUCCACCUCACUCCUAAGAGAAGAGGCACAACAUUUUGAAAACCAAACGCUAUUUACCAUAUUUACCUGCCUGGGUGUACCUGUACAAUACUUUUCUCUCAAGGACGUGGUCUUGGUCCCUCCCUAUGAGUUGUUUGAAGUUGUAAAUAUGAGCUACCACCCAAAAGGAAGUUGGUUGCAAUUGCGCUCAACUGGGAACUUCAGCAGAUAUAAUUGUCAACUGCUAAAAGCUUCCGGCAGAAAGUGCAUCCCUGCUCCUGUAAUUAUUGCUUUUCUCACCUUUUUAAUGUGUUUCAUUAUCUUGUCCAAAAAUGGAAUAUAAAGGAAAUUUGUGGUUUUGUUUUCUUGAACUCUUUUGCUUUAUUUCUCUCAAGGGACCCAGAAUACCCUUGGGGGAUCACUCUGCCCAGCUAUCAUUUGCUGCAGAACUGGCUCAACCUACUGCCUGUGGGUGGGCCUGCCUGUAAUUCAAUGUAUUUCUUCUCCAUGAACACAAAGAUUCAUGCUGAAAUAGAAAAUGGUCCAGUCAGAGCCUCUGAGAUGCAAUCAAGGUACUUUUUUGGAAUUGGAAUUGGAGUGCAAUGGGGAGCUUUUUUUUUGAGUGGAGAUUAAUGGAAACAGAGUGGCUCUGAGGCUAAAGCUGCUAACAGCUAUCUUCCACCAGCAGGAGAGACUUGCCCUCUCUGAGAAUGGAGCUAAUUUAAUGAAGACACAAGAAUGAAAAGAAAAUAAGUCUUGAUGAGAGUAUAUGAUCUCCAACAGUGCCUGAAACUGGAUACCCUAAGUUUUUUAAAUACAUA